AUGUCCAAGUUCGGGACCCUCGUAAUGGGCCCAGCCGGCGCUGGGAAAACCACGUUUUGCAACGCCCUCAUCCAACACCUCCAAACCACCCGCCGCAGCUGCUUCUACGUCAACCUCGACCCCGCCGCCGAGACCUUCCAGUACGAGCCGGACCUCGAUAUCCGCGAGCUGAUUACCCUCGAAGAUGUAAUGGAGGAGCUGGGGUUGGGCCCGAACGGGGGAUUGAUAUACUGCUUCGAAUUCCUGCUGCAGAACUUGGAUUUCCUAUCCGAGGCGCUUGAUCCGCUCAGCGAAGAGUAUCUGAUUAUCUUCGAUAUGCCUGGUCAGAUUGAGCUCUAUACCCACGUCCCGCUUCUCCCGUCACUUGUGCAGUUCCUGUCUCGAUCUGGUCCGCUAAACAUUAGCCUCUGCGCUGCAUAUCUCCUCGAGAGCACAUUCGUCGUUGACAAAGCAAAGUUCUUCGCUGGAACACUGAGCGCCAUGUCCGCCAUGUUAAUGCUGGAGAUGCCGCACGUCAACAUCCUCACGAAGAUGGACCAGGUGCGCGAGAUGGUCUCGCGCCGGGAAUUAAAGCGUUUCACCCGGGUCGACGUACAGCUAUUACAGGAUAGCAAUGAAGUCCCGGUCGAGGACUCCGAGAGCUCCGAUCCGAUGUCGAAGGAGGCCCUGUUGAGCGGGGGAUCGUUCGAGAGACUCAACCGCGCCGUUGCCCAGCUCAUCGAUGAUUUCAGCAUGGUGUCAUUCUUGCAGUUGGAGGCUCAGGAUGAGGACAGUGUUUCUGCUGUGCUGAGCCAUAUCGAUGACGCUAUUCAGUACCAUGAGGCGCAGGAGCCGAGGGAGCCCGGGGAUGCGCAGGAAGUUGACUGGGAGGAUGCAGAUUGA